AUGGAAGACACAGCAGGACCGAUAGUCUCCUCGUCAGAGCUGCAAAGGCACACGACGCCAGAGGACUGCUGGAUCAUCGUGCACUCGCGCAUCUACGACGUUACUCCUUUUCUAGAUGAGCAUCCAGGCGGCUCGGCGAUCAUACUGAAGUACGCAGGAAACGACGCCUCAAAGGCGUACGACGAAGUCCACGCGCCCUCGCUGAUCCAGAAAACACUCACGAAUGAGCAAUUCAAGGGUACAAUCGAUCCAAGCGGCCACUUACCAUCCAUCGACACCCCGUUCGAGCCCAAAGAGCCAGACGCGGAUGAAAUCCCACAGCUCGAACAGCUCAUCGCAGUGCAUGACUUUGAAGACGUCGCUCGCAGGAAAUACACCCAGAAAACAUUCGCGUUCUACUCCUCCGCCGCGACGGAUCUCGUCUCGCACCAUGCGAACCUGGCCUCGUACCGCCAGAUCAUGCUGCGGCCGCGCGUGCUGCGCAAUGUGAAGGAGGUGCAGAUGCCGCGCACGAUACUGGGCUGUGCCUCGUCGGCGCCGUUCUUUGUGAGUCCAACGGCGAUGGCGAAGCUGGCGCAUCCGGAUGGCGAGUUGGCGGUUGCGAGAGGGUGUGCCGAGGAAGGUAUCAUCCAUAUUAUCUCGAAUAAUGCUUCGUUUCCGCUUGCGGAGAUUGUGGGCGCGGGGAAGCCCGGGCAGGCGUUUUUCUUGCAGCUUUAUGUGAAUUCGGAGAGGAGGAAGACGGAGGAGUUGUUGAGUGAGGCGGCGGGUUUGGGGAUCAGGGCUGUGUUUGUGACUGUUGAUGCGCCGAUUCCGGGGAAGCGCGAGGCGGACGAGCGGAUUGCAGCUGGGAAUCUGGUCUCUGCUGUGAGUGGUGCCGUGGCGAAGAAUGAUAAGAAGGGGGGUGGGCUGGGGAGGGUCAUGGCCAAGUAUAUUGAUUCGACGCUGAACUGGGAGGAUCUGGCGUGGAUCAAGGAGGUGUCGGGGCUGCCGGUCGUCUUGAAGGGGGUUCAAACAGGCGCUGAUGCCAGAAUGGCCCUGCAGUAUGGUGUUGAUGCUAUCAUGUUGAGUAACCAUGGGGGGCGGUCUCUCGACACGGUCCAACCGGCCAUUAUCACUCUGCUGGAACUACACGGAACGUGCCCUGAGAUAUUUAAUCGCAUGGAGAUCUACAUCGACGGGGGAGUCCGACGGGGAACAGACAUUCUCAAAGCACUGGCUCUAGGCGCAACGGCUGUUGGAAUCGGACGACCGUACCUUUACUCAUUGACAUACGGACAGGAGGGUGUUGAACACUUAACCCAGAUCCUCAAAGAUGAGCUCGUCUCGGCCAUGAAGCUGAGCGGCAUCACGCACAUCGACCAGGCGCACCCUGGGAUGGUCAACACGGCCUAUGUUGAUCCGUUAAUUAGAGGGACAGAGAGCCAUCCGUGGAUUACAUGGGCUCCUCGGGCGAAGCUUUAG